UUUAUUUGACCAUCUCUACCAGCUGUUUAUGUUUAAAAACAGAUAGAUUUCUAAAAUGAGAAUGUACUUUAAUUUAAUUGGUAAACCUGUAUUUAUUUUUGUAGGUUUGUAUUAUAAAUAAAAAACGUUGCUUCAGCCCAGCGUUCAGUGACAACUGGCAAGUAGUGAAAAGAAAGAUGGAGUCAAAUGGCAAACCCUCCAUAGCCCAGAUGGUGCUGUUGUGCUCCACUUCGACUUUGGCUGUUCUGUUUUACACCAUAUUCAGAAAGAAGGACAGCAGUGCAGCUCGAUUAAGAGAAGCCAAGAAAAUAUCAAUAGAUCAGAAUCUGGAAAGCAUCCUCGCUGACGCUCCAGGCAAAUGUAUUCCAUAUGCUGUUAUUGAAGGAGUUGUUCAGUCUGUAAAAGAAACAUUGAGCAGCCAGUUUGUGGACAACUGCCAAGGAGUCAUCGCAAGACUGACUCUAAAAGAAAAGAAGAUGGUGUGGAAUCGAACCACUCAUCUCUGGAAUGACUGUGAAAAGGUCAUCCACCAGCGCACCAACACUGUGCCCUUUAACCUCGCAUCGCACGAUGACUCAGUCAGAGCUAAAGUACGGGUAAUGCGGCCUCUGUAUUCUGAACUUGACCUGGAAACAACAUACGAGAACUUCCACCCGGCCACGAGCUCCUUUACCAGAAUCGUGGGCCACUUUCUGAGCGGCGAGCGACCACAGGGUGUAACAGAGACGGAGGAGAUGCUGAGGCUGGGUGCAGAAAUCACAGGUGUAGGUGAACUGGUGCUGGAUAGCGGAGUGGCCCGACUGCAGCCACCCAAGUAUGGAUUGAGCUAUUUCUUGAGCCGACUCGACCACAAGAUUCUGCUGGAGCAUCAUGAGAGCCGCGCUCGGUUCUGGAGAAGGCUGACGGCUCUAAUGGGUGUGGCGGCCUGCGCCUCCCUGAUUUAUGUGUUAUGGAGGCGCUAUACCUGGCACAAGGAGAGGAAGAAGGAGCGUGAGAUUGCAGAGAAGUUUGAGGAGCUGAGGAGGAGAAGGAUCGAGGGUGAAGAGGAGAACUUGUCGGCUGGAGCUUGUGUCGUGUGCCUGAGCCAUCAGCGCUCGUGUGUUUUCCUUGAAUGUGGUCAUGUGUGUGCCUGCUGGCAGUGCUACCGUGCACUGGCCACGCCUAAGAAAUGCCCCAUGUGCAGAGCAACCAUAGACCGUGCGGUGGCUCUAUACAACAGUUAAUCACCCCUCCACCAAGACAAAACCAGAGCUUAAGAGUCUUGAAAAUGUUCAUCAAGCAUUUUAAACAGCUGAAUGAAUUUUACAUUAUUGGUGGUGGGUGUUGAGAUGAAAUCCUUCACUGUCCAAGGUUUAUUAUUGCCUUGUGCUCAGUGUUUUUGUCUAAGCUUUAUACCAGCUGUCACACUGAUCAGAGUAAUUACUAAAGAUACAUCAAUGAAAUGACUGAUCGAUGCUGCAUUGAAAAAUCUAUUUUUGUUAAAAAUAUUCCAAAAUUAAAAUCCAACACGGAUGUUAGUGAUCAACAUUGGACACAUAAGAGGCUUGAUUGAAUUGUCAUUGUAUUCAUAAAUAAGUACAAGACUGGAAUGAGUAAAAGUUUUCAGAAAUUGAGUGGCCCACAGUCUUCCUUAAGCCGAUGGAGUUUCAUAACACAAGGGAAAAAACAUCUCUUUAACUUUGUUACACAAACUUAAUCUUCAAAAUCAAUAAUUUAGAAAUAUGCCUGCUAUUGGAUUCACUUCUAGAGGUGCUGCAAUGCCAAUACUUUUGCAUUUUAUUUUGGAACACGAAGUGAGCAGUUUUUACCUUUGCAUCCAUGGUUUGUGAUAGCCUGACACUGUAUACACAGUAAAUGCAAGUGAUUUCAUGGCUGUGUCUCAAACUGCUACAAAAUAUGUUGGUCCACUAUUAGUGCACUAAUAUGGGAUCAAAUCUCAGCAGUGCUGUCAGCUGGCCGGGCAUCUACACAGACCUGAGUGGUUCUGUCUCUCUGGGGGGUGGACGAAGCCCUGCAAUGAAUUGGCGCCCUGUCUAGUGUAUUCCUUUGUUGCUCUGCUGAGGAUCUGCUGAGAUGCUGACCAGUAUAAAGCAUAUAAUAAAAAUUAAAUAAAAGUGUUUUACCAAAACUGGACCAUUGAAGAUAUAAAA